AUGGAUCCCCAACUCAAGGUCAUCCUCUACGAGAUCCAGAAGUCCAAGGAAGAUUUCAAUCGCCGAUUCGACGCCCACGACGAGCAGUGGAAGGGCCGGUUCGCCGAUCUCGAUCACGCCCGCGCUGACCGCGCCGCCGCCGCCGACAAGCGCUUCGACGCCCUUGAGUCCACAUGCUCCGACCUCGCCAUCGACAUCGGCAAGCAGGUCGCCGAUCUGGAAGCUCUCCGCGGUGGUACACUCCUCACCGACAGCUCCGACCGUGUCACGGCUCUCGAGGUCGCCACCACGGAUCUCAGUACCUGGCGCCCGGCGAUUGAGGCCCUCGUGGAUGAUCUGAAGCUCGAGGUCAGCGUUGCUUCCAUGUAUUUGGAGGGCAAUGCUGCUUGCUGGUAUGAGUCCAUCGACAACACACCGGCCAUCGCUACAUGGACCACCUUCUGUCAAUCUCUCCAUGAUCGCUUUGAUCGUGACCAACAUGAGGCCUUCAUCCGCCAGCUCUUCCAAAUUAAACAAACUUCCACUAUCACUGAUUAUGUUGAGCGUUUCACCAAACUAGUUGAUCAGCUUAAGGCCUAUUCUGCUACCACCGAUCCACUCUUUUAUACUAUGCGCUUCGUGGAUGGCCUCCGACCUGAACUCAAAGCAAUUAUUCUUGUUUCCAAACCCAAAAGCUUGGAUGCUGCUAUUUCUAUGGCAUUGGUGCAGGAGGAGGUGGCCACGGUGCCGACAUCUCGCGCGUCAUACCAGAUUGAUUGGAUAACGUCCAACAAGUCGAUCCCCAAGACGGCGCUGCCCUUGCCGCUUCCACCGCAGCCUGACAAGCAGCCAGCCCCUACUGCAGCAACACCGACCCCAGCUACUAUGUCUCUUGAUGCUAAGUUGGCAGCUGUCAAAACAUAUCGCCGCGGCAUGGGUCUUUGUUACAAGUGUGGCGCCAAGUGGAGCAAGGACCACAAGUGUAAUCCUCAGGUCCAGCUCCAUGUUGUCCAGGAAUUGUGGGAUCUCCUCCAAGAUGAAGACCAUACAGCAGAUACAGCCACCCCAGCUGAUUCUGACCCUCAAUUCUGCUCCUCGCACAGUUCAGUUUUCAGGCACAGUUUAGGGCCUUCCAGUGAAUAUCUUGCUCGAUUCUGGCAGUUCCACCUCUUUCAUCAGUCCACUGGCAACUUAAAUGGCUGGUCAUACCUUAUGAGGGCAGCACUGUUCUUUUGCAAGUUGUUGUCCGACGUGGCCAGCUCUUAUUCUGACAGUCCACUGGCUCAGGAAAUUUUGUCUCAGCUGGCAGUUAAUCCAGCUGCAUUACCACAAUAUUCGCUCAGCAAUGGCGUAAUUCGUUACAAAGGUCGUAUAUGGCUGGGCCACAUACUGUACGGCUUUCCUGCACGGCAUUUUGUCCUACAUCCUCCUACUGCCACUCCUGUUGCUGAUCUCAAUUCUUGGCUCGAUGACCGGGCUCUGAUGACUUCGGUGAUUCAGCAACACCUCAGCAGGGCUCAGACCUGCAUGAAGCGCCAGGGCGACAAGCACCAUUCUGAACGUUCUUUUGCUGUUGGUGAGUGGGUCUUCCUAAAAGUUCAGCCUUAUGUGCAGUCUUCAGUUGCACGUCGUGCUAAUCAGAAGCUUGCCUUUCGGUUCUUUGGCCCGUACCACAUCCUGGAACGUAUUGGUGCAGCAGCUUAUAAGCUGGCUCUUCCAUCUUCAUCAUCAAUCCAUCCCGUCUUCCAUGUAUCACAGCUCAAGCUUUCUCAUGGUAAGCUGCCUCUGCUGAUCUUCCAGAUGAUCUUGCCCAGUUUCAGGUGCCUCAGCGGAUACUGGAUCGCCGCUGGACUCCGGGUGAUUCACCUGUGGAGGACAUCCUUGUGUAGUGGUCCCAAAUGCCGCCGUCGCUGGCUACCUGGGAGAAACUGGAGCAAUUGCAGCAGUGUUUUCCAAAAGCUCCGGCCUGGGGUCAUGCCGGUUCAAAAGGAGGCGGGAUUGUUAGCACUUCAGCUACAGCUCCAGUGA